CACAAAGCUGUGAAGCUUGAAGGAAACCAACAGAACUUCUGCUUAAACAGAGGAGCGAGGACACGUUUUUGACUGACUGUGGUGAUGAUUUGUCCACAAAACUCUGAACAAGGUGAAGCUGCUGCCUCUCAGCAUGAAAAACCAAACAGGAAGUCAAAUCUGCUUCUCUGGGCUCUGCUGGCUGCUGCUCUCAUCAUUAUCUACAGACUCGCUUUUGAUAAAAUUAGAACCAACAAAACUCUCCAAACCCUGAAGGAGGAGAAAGGAGCUCUACAGGAGGACAAUAAGGUUCUACAGGAGGACAAUAAGGCUCUACAGGAGGACAAUAAGGUUCUAAGUGAGGAAAUUGAAGCUCUGAGAAAACACAUCUCAGAUCACGUUUGUCUGAAGUUGGACAAAAACUGGGAGAAACAUGGAGACAAGUGUUAUUAUUUCAGUGACCGUUACUCAUCCUGGAAAGGGAGCAGAAGUUUCUGUGAGGAUCUGGGAGCAGACCUGGUGAAGAUCGACAGCAGAGAGGAGCAGGAGUUCCUGGUGGAGAAAGUGAAAACCUUUGUGAUGCUUGACAUUUCGGACGGUUUCUGGAUCGGACUGACAGACUCAGAGGUAGAAGGCAUCUGGACCUGGGUGGACGGAUCUCCACUGGACAGCAGAAUGAAGUUUUGGUUAGAAGGUCAGCCCGAUAACUCUAAAAAACGCAGUGCAUCUGGAGAGGACUGUGUGACGAUUCUGAAGAGAGAAGCUAAAGAUCUGAACACCUGGAAUGAUGACACCUGUAUCUUAGCUUUUAAAAGUAUCUGUGAGAAACCAGCAGGAACUGGACCGAGUUCAUCUGUUUGUGGCUGAAGUUCAGUUCAGUCUCUGGAACAACCUGAGUCCAGGAUCCAGGAGGAGCAGAGAUGAUGUUUGUAGAAAGUUCAUCUCACAAACAGCUGAAGCUUCAUUUUAAAUGUGUGGAAGAGAAAAAUUUUAUAUUUUCUCACAUUUUCUUUUUUCUCCUUUAGCUAAAAUACAAAAGCCUAACCCAUAAAUAAAAACAACAUUCAAUCAUAAAUUAGCUUUUUGAACUUUGUUUAUGAAUUUUAAAUAUUUAACAUACAUUUUUAAUGCCGCCCUACAUGUGGUGCUGCUUUGAUGGAUUAUUGGAUCAAAGUUCUGGUUCCUUGAUCUCUGUCAGAUUUAGCUAAGUGGCUUUUUACUGUGAGCAUAGAUUUUAUUUGUUCUGAAUUUAUUUUACGGAAUCAAACCGGACCCAGGCCCGGAGCGGCUAAUCGGGAGGGUCUGGACAAUUCCCGGUGGGCCGGUCUGAUAUUUGGGUUCACAAGGGCCGGUGUUGUGUUUCUGGACCGGUGUUCCGUCAUCAUGCCACUGGGUUGAUCCCCAAGGCCGCCUACCUGACAGGGCCUAUCACAGUGGUGCAAAAAGUGGGUGUGCAGUGUAUGCGGCGCAUAGGGGCGCCAGGCUGGAGGGGGCGCCAUAGCAAUGAUGCAAAAAUAUUUUAGUCUGCAUUUCCUGUGUUUAAUGGCACCUGUGUUUAGUCCGUUUGUGUAUCUGCAACUUAUUUACUUAAUAACAGAGAAGCAUGUGUGAUUAGGCCAAUCAGAAGUUCCCAGUGGGUCAGUCUGGUCGCUGUUUUUAGUUGUUGCUUUCAGGCCGGUGUUCAGAUUACACUCUAUAGGUCACCUGCUGCUGAUGAGAGGACUUCUCCUGUCAGUGUGGAAGGAACAGGUGAGCUGCUGCUUUAGCUCCUAGAGACACUCUCCAUGCCCAGACUGUAGUGACCUGUUAUUUAUAAUUUUAUAAUUAAUAAUAAGUUAAUAAAUACACUAAAGCCACAGCACGUGAUAGAAAGUAAGAUUCAAUAAGUCUGAAUCUUUUCUCCCACAGCUCAGCUCUGUUAUAGAAAUAAGCAGCUGGACAACAUCAAGUAUAAAACGUGUUCACAGAUAACUAAUAUUUUAUAGAAAAAACUAUAUGAAUUUUUCAUUUUAAGAUUUACUUUAUUUAAGGUUAUCUAAGGUUUGGAUGUCUGUGAACAUUACAUAUUGUUCUCAUUGGUGUAAAAAACAUAAUAAUGUCAUGCAUGAUAUUAUUAAUAACAGGUCAUGAUCUAGUCGGUCUGAGGUCUAAAACUCUGCCCUGGGCCUAAAGCCCUGCAGACAGAUUUAGUUUCUAUAAACAACAACAAAUAAAAAACAGCUGCUGGAUUCUACUUUGUUCCUGAAAUUGAGUCACAUAGUUUAACAAGUUCUGCACGCUAUAGAAAAUAUAAUCAAUCACAUAUAAUAUUAUAACGCCAUAGAUACUACAUUCUAACUCUAAAUGUUUCUUCUCAAAAUGCACCAGACUGAUGCUUUUAGAUAUAAAAUAUCCUAGAGUAGUUCAAGAUUUAUCCUCUUUUUCCCUCUGAUCUUGUUCAUGUCUGCUCUGGUCUUUCAUGUCUUGUACCACACCUUGUGGUGGUGUAUAAGUACUGGAGGAUAUUUCAAAUACACUUUAGAAAGGCAGCUUAAAAGAUAGAGUUCAAUAAAGAGGUGUGUGUGUGUGUGUGUGUGUGUGUGUGUGUGUGUGUGUGUGUGUGUGUGUGUGUGUGCCUUUGUCUGCCUGCUCUGUCUUCUCGAUCCCAAGUGAGUCGUGGAGGAUGGCUGCUUAUACUGAGCCAGGAUUCUCUGGAGGUUUCUUCCUGUUAGAAGGGAGUUUUCCUCUCCACUUUCGCUGCAUGCUUGCUCAGUAUGAGGAUUGCUGUAUAGACACUGACACUAGUCAGUGACUCGAUGCAAUUUGCUGGGUUCCUAUAGGAAACAUUAUUUCUGAUUGGCUUAAUGAACUGUGAAUUGGAAUGUUUAUUAUGUGAAGUGCCUUGAGACGACUUUUGUCGUGAUUUGGCACUUUAUAAAUAAACUUGAAUUGAAUUGAAUUGAAUACACACAACAUUCCUGACAAUUGCAUUCAUGCACUGUGGUCCUGUCCACCUGUCCAGGAAUUUUGGGGAAGAGUAUGUGAAGACAUGUCAAAGUCUCUGAAAUGUCAUAUCCCAACCACGCCUUCUCUUUGUUUACUGGGAAAUCUGGACGAUGUCCCGAUUGAAACAUCUGUGGUUCACGUGGUUCUGACUGCCAUAUGCAUCGCUAAGAAAACUAUCCUCUUGAAUUGGAAGAAUAGAGAAACUCUCUGCAUUAACCAGUAUAGAAAUCUUUUGUUAGAUCAUAUUACACUUGAUUUAGCCUCUGCUUCCACUUCAGAUCAAUCUCUCUGGGCUCCUUUGAUCAGAUCCAUCACAUUGCGGUGAUGGGAGACCGUUGAUGUUGUCCUGUGGGAUGAUGUGGGUGUG